AUGCAAAACCAGGAUUACUCCGACCAGGGUUUGGUCUGUCCCAGCUUCAACAGCUACGCCUCGGCUACCACAGCCGACACCGCCGCCAAGGUUUGCCGGGAAUUCAGCAGCCUCGGAUUAGUGGAUGAGAACAAAGAGUUCGAGUAUGAAGGAGGAGAGAAACAAGACGAUGACUUCGAGUUCGUGUCGUUUCAGAAAUCUGCCGACGAGGUUUUCUUCGGCGACAACACUCGGAUUGGUCCGGUUUUCCCCGUCUUCAACCGCGACCUUAUAAGUCAACGGGAUCUAAACUACACCGACGACGUCGACGCAGUGCCGUCGUCGUCCUCAGCGUCAUCAGACGUGGACGAGCUGGAGAACGUUCCGGCCGGUAGCUACUGCGUUUGGAUGCCUAAAACGACGCCGGCCUCGUCUCCUUCCCAUUGCAAGAAGAGCAAGUCGACCGGAACGUCGUCGUCUCGGCGGUGGAGGCUGAGGGACUUGCUGCGGCGGAGCAACAGCGAAGGCGGGAAGGACUCCUUCGUGCUGCUGACGCCUUCCCUGACGUCAUCGUCGAGCUCCAAGAAGCAGGUGGCUGCUAACGAUCAUCAUCAUCAUCCUAAUGAGAAAAUGGUGGUGACGAAGGGGAAGAAGAGCUUUAAUGGGUCGAGGCCGAAAGGCCCGAACGCUGUGUCGAUGGCGCACGAGGUGUUCUACGCGAAGAGUAAAGAGAAAGAUGGGUAUAAUAAGAGACAGUCGUAUCUUCCUUACAGGAAAGACCUGGUGGGGUUCUUUGCUAGUGUGAACGCCAUGGGAAGGACUUUCCCUACUUUUUAA